ACAACUCAUUACCUCAUCGCCAUGGAUUUCUACUACCUUCCCGGAUCUGCCCCGUGCCGUGCCGUGCAGAUGACGGCUGCCGCCGUUGGCGUCGAGCUGAACUUGAAGCUUACCAACCUGAUGGCCGGUGAGCACAUGAAGCCGGAAUUUCUAAAGCUGAACCCGCAACACUGCAUUCCGACGCUGGUCGAUGAGGAGGGGUUCGUGCUGUGGGAGUCGCGUGCAAUCCAGAUCUAUCUCGUCGAGAAGUACUGCGCCCACGAUGCCACACUCGCCGAGCGUCUCUAUCCACAAGACCCACGUCGUCGCGCCGUCGUACAUCAGCGGCUGUUCUUCGACGUGGCCGUACUGUAUCAGCGGUUCGCCGAGUACUACUAUCCGCAAAUCUUCGGCCAGAAAGUGGCUGGUGAUCCGGGCCGGUUACGGUCGAUGGAGCAGGCGCUUGAAUUUCUCAACACCUUCCUGGAGGGUGAACGGUUUGUUGCGGGCGGGGACGAUCCAACGAUCGCGGAUUUUAGCAUUUUGGCCUCGAUCGCAACGUUCGAGGCAGCUGGUUAUGACUUGCAUCGGUACGAAAACAUUCACCGGUGGUACGAACGCACCAGUGAGAUAGUCCCGGCUGCUGAUAAGAAUUUGGAGGGAGCCAAAAUAUUUGGGCGUUACUUUACGGAGAAAUGAUUGGGCCCCUAGCGAGGAUUUGUUGGCAGAGAAUGCAGCAUCCUGAAAUCGGUGCUUGCUCAUGCUACACAUUUCAGCUUCAUUUCUUAUCAUGUUUACAGUUGCAGUGUUACUUUUACCAAUUGAAUGACAUAACUAAGAUUAUUCUUAUCUCCAGCUUCCGCUUAGUCUCCAUGAAUAUUGUUCAAUUUCAAAUCUGUUGAAGCGUGCAAUGAACUGCUCCGUCGUUUGUUUUUGUUUUGUCUUUUGUUGUGCAAUUACCCCGAAUAGAUGACUAAAGCACCUACGAUUGCCUUUGUUUUUAUUUUUCCCUUGAUUUCUGUUGAUUUUGUUGCAUUCCUUCCCAAUUCCCGGCCCGUA